AAAGCGUCCGAGUGUCAAAACAUAUUUACAUUUUUCAAUUAUCCUCUUAAUUUAGCGGAGAAAGUCCGAAAAAUGUUAGAAAAUUGGCAAAAUUGGUGUCGAUUGUGUGCAAAGAUUGAUUCCUCCAAUGUUGGUGAAGUUUAUAAAAUGGAAUCUAUAAAAGAACAAUUGGAAACCGUCAACAAAUACUUCAUGAUUUCGAUUUUACCUUUUGAGGGCAUUCAAUCCAUAAUUUGCGAAGAAUGCGGAAAUUUCCUAACAAAGCUAGAACAUUUUGGUGAUCUCUGUUUGAAAUCUGAUCAAAUGUUUAGGGAAUUAGUACAUAAGGAAAACAUUACAGAGGCAGAUCUACUCAAUAUUCGACUAGUUCAUGGGGUUAAUAAAGAAGAAAUUAAGUAUAGUUCCAUACUAUCAGAAUGCAAAAAUGACACAGAGUUCAAGGAAGAGUCAAUACAUUCUGAACAGUCUACAGAUCCAUUGGAUCACUGGACAGAUGAUGAAAUGAUUGUCAAAGAAGAAGUUAGCAUUGCAAAUGUAGUUCAAGAUUGUAAAAAGAGAAGAGUAACUAAGAAAACUAAAAAGGUUGAGGUUGAAAAAGAAGCACUAUUGACGCCCAGAAAACGUGGGCGACCUAAACGCUCAACCCAAGCACCAAACCCAUUACCAACAAAACUUAAAGAAGAGAUUCAGCAAAAAGAUUCUGACUCUGAUGAAGUACCUGAUGCGAAGCAGCAAGAUGAUUCAGAUUACGAUCCGAAUUUAUCAAAUGACCCAAUUGACGAGAAACCUCCGAAAAAACGCCGAAGAAUUUCCAAAAGUAUUAAAAAUGAUAAUGAAUGUGAGAUUUGUAUGAAGAAAUUUUGUCGAAGAAGUGUUUUGAAGGAGCAUAUUUUGGAGCAACAUCGUCAAGAUGAAAUGCCGCAUGUUUGCUCAAAAUGUCCUAAGCGUUUUUCUAACAAGUAUAAAUUGCGAGUUCAUGAAACUACGCAUUUACCAGAAGAAGAGAGGCGUACACAUGCUUGUCCCUAUUGCGACAAGAAAUUUGGCAUCAAAUUCAUCCUGCAGAGUCAUAUAAGUGCUAUGCACAUUGGUGACAAACCCUUUAUAUGUGAAGAAUGUGGAAAUUCUUUCAGGACCAAAGGGGCCCUCAAUCAGCAUCAAACUAUUCAUACAGAUGAACGUCCGUGUCAAUGCUCCUACUGUCCCAAAAAGUUCAAAAAGAAGCAACAUCUCAAGAGGCACGAGGACAGUCACAAAGAUCACAUGUUUGACUGCCCUCAUUGCGAUCUUAAACUCAAGAAUGCCCGUACUCUAAAAAUGCACUUGUUGGUGCAUUCGGAUCACAAACAGUACAAGUGCAACUACUGCGGAAAUGAAUAUAAGCGCGCCAAGACACUCAAAGAUCAUCUCAUUCUGCACACCGGUCAACGACCCUAUGAAUGUCCCUUUUGUGAUAAAACCUUUGCUAAUGGAUCAAAUUGUCGAAGUCAUAAGAAAAAAGCACAUCCGGUCGAAUUGGCAGCUUUGGAAGCUUCAGGAGAGCAACCUACUAUUACAAUUACACCCAAACUAAAGGUUUUGCAACCAAAGCACGAAGUAUCAUCACCUUCCCCAAAAAUGGAAGAAAAACUAAGGCCCUUGGCAGGAAUUCGGCCUUUGGUUUGCGGAGAAUGUUGUGGCUUCUUAGCGAAAUUGGGCAGCUUCAGAGACCGUUGUGUGAAAACGGAUGAGAUGUUCAGGGACAUAAUGCAGAGCAGUAUUCAAGAUCUCGAUCUUCAAUCAAUUAGACUGAAACACCAGAUUGAUCAAGAGAAAAUUCAAUUCAAGGCAGAAAUUGCGGAGAUUGUCGACGAUGAUGUUAUUGUCAUUAAACAAGAAAUAAGUACAGAAGACCUUACAGUAGAAGACUCACACAAAAGAUCCAAAAAGGAAAAGAAGAAAGAGAAGAAAAGGAAGAGGAAGGCAUCUCCGGAACGUGAUGAGCAAGCUGAUCCUAAGAAUAAACUCUUUAUUGUGUCGUACAAUGAAGAGAAGUCCUAUAUCGCUGUAACAUACAAAGGAAAAGACGUACAAUACGAUGACUUCGUAGUAAAAGCGUGCUCACACUUGGACCUUAAGGACAUCUCGAUUUAUGAUCAUAAUGAUAUUAAAAUUGAUCGAGAUGCAUUCGUUUACGUUUUCAAAAACCAUCCUCCGCAGUAUGUUGUGAUCAAGUCAAAAGAGACAUCCAAAAUGAAUCCAAUAAACGUACGCAUAAGCGCAACAGCAAGCAACAGCAAUAGUAAUGAGACUAUUCUUAAUCCAUCGUGCCGUCAAAUUCAUUCAGCAUCUCAGGUUCCUUUGCCUGCUAAUAAGGAAUAUAUUGUGCAAUCAUUCACAAUUUCGGAUCAGUCUACGGAUUCACAGGAAUUGGAAAUUGGUGAUACGAUUAUUGUGAAACAGGAAGAGUGUGAAAAGGAAGCACUCAAUAAAAUUCGCAGGGACAGAUUUUAUACAGCACAAAAUGGAGAAUCUUCCACAGACAGCAUGAGUUCAAGAAUAGCAAAUGGAGUUCCGGCUGAUGGUAUGAAUUUUUUGGAGGAGCUUCCUGAUGAUACAUUUAUCCAACCUACACCUAUGAAUUCUAUCCUACAUCAAAACUGGGAAGAUUGGACAAAGGACAUUGGACUUUAUUCCCAACUUAAUGAUUCAUCAAAUAUGAGUAUGGGAAAUAAUUCGAGUUUGCCUCUAGCAAAUUUUGGAAGUAUGUAUUCGCUGAAUAUUCAACUCAGGGACAUUCUGAAAUGUCCUGAUGGAAGAAAAAUCAUUCAGUUCUAUGCGGCACGUGGAAGUCUUGAUCGUACCAGAAGGGACAGUUUGAUCAAACUUAUUCUAGAUUAUGCUGAUAGGCACAACAUGCGUCUAUCUUGCAAGAUUCUAGAGUCGAUUUCUGAAGAAAUUCAAGACAUAUUUCCUUCGGAAGUUAAGGAAUAUUAUUAUUCGCCAAAAGGUAAAUUUCAGAAGUUCUAUGGUGGUUUGCUGUAUGCACGCUAUCAUAACAGAAAAAGACCUGCUGCUAAGAGAAAGAGAGAACCGGAAAAUAUAACUAUACAGCAGAUACAGCAUAAUCCUGAAUCUCAAAAUAUGCAGGAGCUUUUGGCUAUCAAAGAACGACUGAGAUCCACAGAAAUCACUGAAAUCUCACCUGAAAUCCAGUCAAUGUGGACAGCAACGAGUUCUUUGCGGAAGAAAGAACUUCAGGCUAAUAAAGAAAUAUUCAACGAGUGGCCAUUAUAUACUCAUAGCCAUGGCUAUGUUUUUAUUUCCGAGGAUUUUUGCAAUUGGUAUCCUAAUGCCGAAUCAUUGGAUAGCAAAUGGUCAGUAUUUUUCAAAAAAAUCGUUCCUAUCCUGCAAAUGCAAGUCAAAGAUCGUCAGAAUAGACAAAUGUUGGACGAUGUCAUUGCCUGUGUUGAAGGUGAAGAUAUUUCAAGUGAAGAUGGAGCACAGAAGAUGCAAUCAAUUACAAAUCAACUGGAAGUUAUUUGCAAAUACCUCAUGAUUUCGCUUCUUCCUUUUGAAGGAGUGGAAUCUUCAAUUUGCGGUGAAUGCAGCAGUUUCAUCACAAAAGCAAAUGACUUCAGAAAUCGAUACCAAAAAGCGGAUGAAAUGUUCAAAGAACUCAUUAGUCGAAAAAACAUCACACAACAUGAUCUUGAAUCCAUUCGCUUCAAAUACGGAGUUGAUAAUGAAGAUGUGAAACAUUGUCCAGCAUUGACUGAUACUGAAAAUCAUUCCGUGGAGCAGGAACAGUCCCCUGAUCCUCUUGAAGUGCAGAUAGAGGCUCCUGUUAUCAUAAAGCAGGAAAAAUCUGAGGAAGUUCUACCAGCUCCUAGAAAACAUACUGAUAUUGAAAAGACUAAUUCAACCAGGAAGAAGAAGAAGCUAUUUGUGGUGUCUUACUGUGAGGAAAAAUCGUAUUUAUCCGUUCCAUAUGCUGGAACAGAUUUAGAAUACGAUGAUUUCGUCCAAAGUGAAAAUGCCCCUGAAUAUGUUAUUGUUAAAUCGGGAGGUUCGUCUAGAAGUAGUUUACCAUCAAUUUCACGGAAAGCAAGCUCAGAAUAUGCCACAUAUCGGGAAGAUAGCAGUGAAAUCUUCCUUGAAAUAUUCAAAGAAAGCAACAGCAAUGAUGACAUUGAUAUUGAACCUGAAAACAUGAUUGCUUUUGAGGAGCCACAUGAAAAUAAUAUUAGCGAUACUGGGCCACCUCAAAGGAAACGCCGGAAAAAAGUACAGUUGAACAUUUCAUAUGAGGAUGUACUUCCGAUGCUGAGAGAUCAUUUCAUUAAAAUUGGCGGUAGCGGUUUGUUUGGGAAGACAGAACCUUUAAGUAGGCAGAACAGGAAGUACGUUAUUCAAAAUGUUUGCAAGCACUUAUACCAACAUUGCGACAAUCCCAAAGGACCUCAAAAAAUAGCCUGGGCCAAUGCAACAAUCACUCUAUUCCCCAGCCUUCGAUCAAACAAUCCCAAAGCUCCAUACGAUGAUGUCUUCAAUCCUAUCGAUCAUGGAGGCUUUCUCGUGUUAAAAAUGCUGGGAAAUUGGCAGAAUUGGUGUAGACUUUGUGCUAAAAAUGACUCUUCGGAAACAGAUUCAAUAUACAAGAUGGAAUCAAUAAACGAUCAAUUGGAAAUCGUUAACAAAUUCUUUAUGAUUUCGCUACUGCCCUACGAUGGUAGUCUGUCGUCUAUGUGUGGAGAGUGUUGCAACUUCCUGUCGAAGUUGGAAACAUUUGGGGACCGAUGUCUCAAAUCAGAAAAGAUGUUCAGUGAAUUGAUGCUGAUCAAAAGUGUUCCAGAUUCAGAACUUCAGGCCAUUCGGUACAGAUAUGGAGUUGAUGAUGAGGAAAUUAAAUUUAGUGCUCUUGUGACGCAAAUUCAGUUGCCACAGAAUGACGAAGUUACCAGGCAGUAUCCCAUGCUCGUAGACCAAUGUACAGAUACUCUAGAUCUCGACAGUGAGAGUCCGGCUGUGGUGAAGAAGGAAGUGGCUGAAGUGAAGGCUGUAUCAGCCCCGAAGAAACGUGGACGACCGAGAAAGUCCGCAAGGACACAAAAUAACACUCGAUCGAAAUUGAAAGAAGAGAUCUUUAGGGAAGAUUUCAACAAUGAUGCCGAUGCAGAAUGUCGAGAUGAAGAGAUACCUAUUCUGGAUGACGAUGAUGUCAUCGAUUACGUACCCGAUAAUUCUCUUCCCGCCGACGAUGAGGAUAUGCCACUGCAGAAACGAAGACGUGGAUCAAAGGAGGCGGAUAAUGUGUGCAAGGUCUGUUCCAAAAGGUACAGCCGGCGGUAUUUGCUGGAAGAGCACGUCCGGGAAAAACACUGCAAGCAAGAAAUGCCAUUUGUGUGCUCAAAGUGCCCGAAGAGAUUUUCCACAGAGAAAAAAGUUAAAGUGCACGAAGUCAUUCACCUGCCAGAAUCAGAGAAACUCAUCCAUCCGUGUCCGUACUGUGACAAAAAAUUCAGCAAAACGGUCAACGUGCAGGCUCACGUUCGUGCCAUCCACAUUGGUGACAGACCGUUCAUUUGUGAGGAAUGUGGCAAGUCUUUUGGUACAAAAGGCGGCUUGAAGGAGCAUCAGAUUACACAUAGUGAAGAACGACCUUUUCAGUGUUCAUAUUGCCCCAAAAAGUUCAAAAAUCUGCCUCGGCUGAAGACCCAUGAGGACAUCCACAAUGACACCAUGUACGUCUGUCCACACUGUGGAAUCCAACUCAACACGAAACGCACCCUAAAAAUGCAUAUGGUGGUGCAUUCGGACUUCAAAAAGUACAAAUGUCACUAUUGCGGCAAUGAGUAUAAACGCUCGAAAGCUCUUAAGAAUCAUCUAAUUCUACAUACCGGCCUACGCCCCUAUGUAUGUCCGUUUUGUGAUAAGACUUUCGCAAAUGGAUCAAAUUGUCGGAGUCAUAAAAAGAAAGCCCAUCCCACGGAAUUGGCAGCUUUGGAGGCGUCUGGAGAGCAACCGAGAGCUGCAAAUAUCCCAAAGCUAGAACAUUUACAGCCAAAAAAUGCAGUUCAGACAUCCUCAGUGCCUGUGGAACAGACCACAAUAGAGAUUAUCCCAGCAUCAGCGAUAGACUUUGGAGUGAACAAUUCAGCCCUUCCCACGGUCUUUGCUGCUCAAGUUGCUCAGAAUUCACCAGAAAUCACCCAAUUGAGGAGCAAUGAGUGAUUGCAGGAUCCUCAAGAACAAACUUGAGACAAGUUUCAUAUCGGAGACCUUUAAAUGGACUGCGAGGGAUGUUGUGAAGGUAGGAUGGAGGAGAGAAUCAAAGGAAUUUCAAUGACUCAACUUGUUUUCUCUUCACCCCGGAAGGGUUAGAAUAAUUUUUAAUAAGUCCUGUGCAAAUAGUCUUUAUUGAAAAAGAAACAUCUUUCUAUAAUA